GAAUCUCUCGCCACAGUCGCUCGCCUACUUUUCCACUGGAUUCUCGGUUUUUCGGUUCUGCUCCGUGGCUCACUUUGGCUUCCACAAAACGGGUGUGUUAGCAUGUUAACUGCUGAUGGUUCUUGGUUUUGAUUCCACCACACACCGUUUGGGAUAUAAAAAAAAGGCAGAACUCGGCCAAAUCAGGAUUGCAGCACACACCUUCUGGGAUAGCGCAAUCCCAAGGCAAGGCUGAAAAUCUGGAACCUAGUGUGCGAGUGUACCACAUCAGCCAGGCAGUCGAAUUCGGGGUGUUUCUUGUUUCGCAAUUGUGUAAGCUCAUGAAUUCACUGGAAUUUAAUUUUUCUUCCCUGAAAGGUUGGUCGAUUUUUCCUCGAAAAUAGUGCAAGGAACGAAAUUAGGAGAAAAAAACGUGUGCUACAGAUAUAGUGUAAGUCGUUAGACGAGUGCAGUAAGCGAAAAAAAAGUGCUGAUCAAAGGUGGAGUGGAACGUGAGAAAAUUAAUCGUGAAAAAUCGAAAAUCAAGCGAAUAUAAAAAGAACAUUGGUAAGGUGGAAAAAAGUCUGAAGUGAAAAUACACACAUUCACACGUACGUACGUACGAGUCCUGGCAGAAACAGCAGCAGCAGCAGUGGAAGAGAAAAGGCCAAAUACAUCGAGAGACGCAAUUGAGGAGUGCAGAAAGGAUUACACGGUUUUUUGCUCAUUUUAUCUCUCUCUCUCACUCUCGAGCUCGACUGUAUGUCCCUUUUCCCUGCCUUGUGUGUGACUACCGGAGAGAAUCGGCAAUCGGUGAGGGCAAUUUGUGGCAGCCUCAGUAGCAGUGUAGUAGUGUAGUGGGCUGGUUUCGAGAAGGAUUACUCAACAUAAUACAUACCGCCUCGCAGUCUCGUGGAGUGUGUCAAGUGCGAGUGCUUCUCAUAUCGGUGUCCGACCAGUGUCAGUGCUCUCCAGUUCUCUCAGUUUGGUUCGUGCUGGUUCCGUAGGCAAAAAAAAUAAGGAUUUAAAUUUCACACGGCCUGCUAUGAGGAGCAGCUGGAACCAAUAGAAACUAGCUUCAGGUUCGGGCGUUACUACCAAAGGUGACCCUCGCACCAACCAAUACUGCACGCCACCAGUGAUAGACAGAGAAAGAUAGAAAGAGAAAGAGAGAGAGAGCAAGAAAGAGAGUACAAUGACGACGAUACGUUAGCAUAGUGACUAUGGGAUCAGAGGCAUGGGCGUGUGCGUGGACCCUGGGGCUUUCCGGUGGUGUCAGGCAUUGAGCCGGUCGCAAUCGUUAACCACAGCAACAGCAUCAGCGCCAGCCGCAACCACAGGCGGCACAGCCACGGCUUCCGGUGGCAUCGCAACAGCCCGGGAAAUUCCUGUACCCACGGUCAGCAGUAACAGUCAGCAGACCAACUAUCGGCACGUGUCCAGCUUUCACAAUGCCAAGGUGCGGCGGAGUCUAAACGCAACAAUCUUCAUCAAGAAGAAACAAGCAACAGCGGCAGCGGCAGCAGCUGCAACAACAACAACAGAUUCUAAAACAAAAUCAGUUAGCAAAAAUACAAAUAAUAGCAACAUCUUUAACCACUACAGUGUCGGUAGUAGUUAUAAUAGUAGUUUCAACGGUAGUACUUACACUAGCAUAAACACUAGAGAAGCGAAUAGCAGUAUCGAAAAGGCACUAGCGGCGCGGCGGAGGAAUUUUAGUCUUAGCACCAACAAAUUAAGCGAACACUACAGUUGCAGUGCGGCGGCGUUAAACUGGCUGGUCUCAUCGUUUGUACUGCUUCUUUGUAUCACCCUAUGUACUAGUUCAAUUAGUCCUCCUGCACCCCAGGAUGCCGUUCACAUCACCGCCAUCCUUGGCGAGAGCGUCGUGUUCAACUGUCAUGUCGAGUUCCCUGGCGAUCACCCAGUCCCCUAUGUCUUGCAAUGGGAGAAGAAGGGUCAGGAAAUCCCGAUCUACAUCUGGUACGAGAGCUAUCCAACCCACAGCGGCGAGGGAUACGAGGGGCGCGUUUCGAGAGCCUCGCCCGAUUCGAGCUUCGGUGCGGCGUCCCUGAACCUGACCAAUAUCCGCGAGGCGGACCAGGGCUGGUACGAGUGUAAGGUGGUGUUCCUUAACCGGCCCCCGAAGCAGCACAAAAACGGGACCUGGUUUCAUCUGGACGUGCACGCGCCACCGCGUUUCAGCGUAACGCCGGAGGAUAUCAUUUACGUUAAUUUAGGCGAUUCUAUCAUACUAAACUGCCAGGCAGAUGGCACCCCAACGCCAGAGAUCCUCUGGUACAAAGAUGCCAACCCGGUGGAUCCGUCUUCUACUGUUGGCAUCUUUAACGAUGGUACCGAGCUACGGAUUAGCACCAUCCGACACGAAGACAUCGGCGACUACACGUGCAUCGCGCGCAAUGGUGAGGGACAAGUCUCCCAUACUGCCCGUGUUAUAAUAGCGGGCGGCGCUGUAAUCAUGGUGCCGCCCACUAAUCAAACGAAACUGGAGGGAGAGAAGGUGCAGUUCACCUGCGAAGCAAAGGCCAUGCCCGGCAACGUCACAGUGCGAUGGUUCCGCGAGGGUUCCCCGGUACGGGAGGUGGCCGCACUCGAGACGCGUGUCACGAUCAGAAAGGAUGGGUCUCUCAUCAUCAAUCCGGUCAGUGCCGACGAUUCCGGCAUGUACACGUGUGAGGUGUCAAACGGCAUCGGAGAACCACAAAGUGCUUCGGCUUUUUUAAAUAUAGAGUAUCCUGCCAAAGUGACCUUCACCCCAACAAUACAAUACUUACCGUUUCGUUUAGCUGGUGUUGUACAAUGCUAUAUAAAAGCAAAUCCUCCUCUACAAUAUGUAACAUGGACCAAAGAUAAAAGAUUACUGGAACCUUAUCAAACAAAAGACAUAGUUAUAAUGAACAACGGUUCGCUGUUGUUCACCAGGGUCAACCAGAACCAUCAGGGAAGGUACACGUGUACGCCGUACAAUGCCCAGGGUACGCAGGGUUCCUCCGGACACAUGGAAGUGCUGGUGCGGAAACCUCCUGCCUUCACGAUCGAACCGGAUCCGCUGUACCAGCGAAAGGUGGGCGAAUCGGUUGAGAUGCACUGCGAUGCGCAGGAAGCGGAAGGAACCUCCAAACCGACGAUCAUCUGGCAACGGCGGGAUGGUCAGCCCUUGCAGAAGAACCGGGUGAGGAUCAUGAAUGGGAACAUUACGAUCGAGAACCUACGGCGAUCCGAUUUUGGCUACUAUCAAUGCGUAGCAUCGAAUGAGGUAGCCACGAUCGUUUCCGCCACUCAGUUGGUGAUCGAGGGUACGCAACCACAUGCCCCUUACAAUCUCAGUGGAUCGGCGACCGAGUUCUCGGUGACACUGUCCUGGAUGCCGGGUUACAGUGGCGGACCGGACUAUAAGCAGGACUACACGAUCUGGUACCGGGAGGCUGGAGUUUCGGAUUGGUCCACGAUUCCGGUAACUCCUUCCGGGAGUACGCAGGUUACGAUCAACCGACUAUCGCCGGGAACGACGUACGAGUUUCAGGUGAUCGGGAAGAAUGCCCUCGGUGAUGGCAUGAUGAGUAAGGUGAUAACGAUACGUACGUUAGAUGUCCAAAAACCGAAGAAAGUGUCGACAACGACUGCUGCACCUAACGAAAAAGAAUUUAAGCACGCCUCGGAUGACUUGGGUCCGAAACCGGGUCAACCGCGCAACGUAUCCGUGCUGGAGAUCCCGAACGGGUUCCUCAUCUCGUGGCAGGUUCCACUCGAGCGAGCCCAUCUGGUGCAGUUCUACACGAUCAAGUACCGCACGGAUGCCCAGUGGAAAACGCUAAACCGCGGUCAGAUCCGACCGGAGGAGACGUCCUACCUGGUGAAGAAUCUGGUCGGUGGACGUACCUACUACUUCCGGGUGCUAGCGAACUCGCUCAAGAGUUACGAAUCUAGUGAUGAGAUAAAAUUCCCGGUUCCGGCCCGGGUUAAGCACAAAGCCAUCACGGCCGGUGUCGUCGGCGGGAUACUGUUCUUCAUCGUGGCCAUCAUACUGUCGAUCUGUGCCGUCAAGAUCUGCAACAAGCGUAAACGUAGAAAACAAGAAAAAGAACUCAACAUGGUAACAGCACGGAUCACGGAUCGGAACGCCCUAAGCCAGCCGGUGCCUUUGAGGAGAUAUCUACAAACAGGAAGCAAAACCAGCCGAUUACCCGGCAUAGGCAUUCUUAUCGCCAUUCUGCACUGGAUUUGGCCUCCGGGGAGGUGUCAGAACUGCGAUAGCAUCUAUUCGAAUAAGUUUACCGGUGAUCAGUCGACGAAUUUGGGUCAGAUCCAUCGAUCAGCGGACGGGCGCUUCAUUCUGACCCAGGAUGCCGUCGAUGGGAUCGUUUCCCUGCGGAACAGUAUAGUUUCGUACUACAGCAGCAGUGAUGAUGGAGGUUUUCUACCCAAAGGACUAUCGUUGCCGAGAGCUUCCUGGAGGCGCCCGUUGGUUACGAGUCUGAGUCGGUUAAGUUUACACACGGAGGAUGGAUUUGCGAUGGCAGAACCACAGCAGCCAAUUCAUUCACUGUACACCAACACGUUGCCAGAGAAUUUAAAUAUCACUACGAUUAGCUCCAAUGUACCUGCCCCGAUGGUGACUCAGUCGUUGUACACGACACCUUCAAGAAUUUCCAAGGUGAUGGCUAGUUCUCCGGCUACCUCUAGCCCACAGGUUGUGAAUUCACCCUGGUCACCACUGUACUUCAGUGAUCUCAGUUCGGUCCAUCAUCUUAGCUCAGCUGAGCGUUCAUUCCCGACUCCACAGAGUGCCUAUCGUUACAAUUACGCCGGAUAUAACCACGAGCUUCCGAUGUUGGGCAGUUUACAUAACAGUUCACGUCACUUCUCACAUGGCUUCGUCCCAGUACAUGUGCCCAGUUCUAGAUACUAUCAUCACAAUCUGUAUCAGAAUGUGCCCUUCCACGGUCACACGUACAGUAGUAGGCCCAAAUUCUCCCGGUAUCAUCCGCGACUAAUGCCAAGAAGUUUGACGAGGACAAUACCGGAACUACGAUCUCCCAUGCUGAAUCUCAAUCUCAGUUCAACUCCACUGAGUGCAACUCUGGAGGCCUCCCCGCAAAGUUACUCCAGUUCCAGUGGAUUCGGUAGUAAGAAUACAUCCAACAACACCCAGCAGAAUGCCAGUUUCCAGGUUAGCAACAACUUGUUAAGAGAAUGGCGUUACCUUCCACCGUAUCGACCACCACCGCCACCGCCGAGUUUACACCACUCGGCACCACUAUCGUUCGGUGGCGGCCGGUUCGACCAUCCACCUUACUCAAUGUCCCACUGGUUGGAACUGAUUACAAGACUGAACAUGGCCUCCGAGAAGGCCAACAUCAACAACGCUGCGGAUGUGGGCAGCGUGGAUGGUCACUACGAGUUCGACCCUUCGACGCCAACUCCGACCGCUUCCACCCCGACGGGAAUAAUGCGAGACGAUUUCCACCAUCUGAUGACACUUCCGUCGACGUCCAGUGAUCUGCUCUGGGAUGCCGCCGGUCUUUCGUUAAGCGUUACCGGAGAUCCCGGUGGUGGGGGUGGUGGUGGUGUUGGUAGUGGUGGUCUUGGACUUACCCUCGGCAGCACUCGGAAACGGGGUCAAUCCCGUUACGACAAUAUCGAUGCACGUGUCGAGUCAAUGAAGGAGGAAUUCUACGAGUGGCGGAAACGGCAACAACUUCAACAGCAGCAACAGCAACAGCACCAUCUGUCGGGUAGUUUUGGUGUCGGAAUGGACGCCAGCAGGGUAUUCGAGCUGGAAAGUUCCUGUUAAAAUCCCGCGUGCGGUUUUGUGAGGGGCUUCCGAAAAAAAAAUACGAACAAACGUGCUGUUCGCGAUCAAUCGUGCUUAAUUGUAAGACUCGACUUAUCCAAUAACUAUAGCAAUAUCUAAUUGAAUGGGAAUGAAUCUACCCGUGGGGGGAAAUUGCAUGUAACAGACAGAUGGAUCGAUUCGCGAUAAGGAAAACAUACAAAAGUUGAAGACUUUUACAAUAGUUAUGUAAAUAAUUGGAAUGAUUGUGAUUUAAGUAGACAUUCGAUGAAACAAUUCAAGGAAAUCCACUAUUAUACAGGCGAGUUUUGAUAAAACAAACCAAACUUAUGCAACAACGUUACGGCACGGAAACAAUUAUUUAGUGAAAAUUAAUGGAAAAAAGAAACCAACUACCAAGCACGUUGCGUUGGACGGACAAAAGCAGUUGGCGGUGAUAUCGUUUGCAGUGGUGGUAGGAGGCCUGAAAGGGUGAGGGUGAAAAAGGCGAAACCGUGGAAAUUAAUCGUCGAGCGUUUCUCGGCUUGCUUUGUUAAUUCAGUCAAAUCCAGAGGGGUUUUGUUUUCAAUUAUUACUAUACUUCAUAUUGCGAUAAAUUGGAAAAGUUUAAAGAUUGACAUACCUGUGAAAUCUAGCUGAUUUUUAGGAGGUUUUUAAUGUUUUUUUUACCUGUGCGGGUGUUGUUUUUUGUAAAUUUCCACAGGGGUUCCACAGUUUUCCGCAAAUUCGCUAAUCACCAGACAUUAAUCGCUCUCGAUAUUUUUUUCACUGAUUUGUAAAAAGUUGCUUUGGUUGGUUUACGAUGAAUUAGUGAAUCAAAAAGUUUUUGCCUUACUGGCAAAAUUUUCUUACUAAUUCAUUCACUGUUACUUAGGGGUGUUCAAUAAAAAAUAAUUUUUUUUUCAGUCACGUAGUUAAAAAACAAAAAAAAAUCAACGAAUUCAGUUUUUUUUUAUUAAAAAUGUAAUGUUUAUUCUUCAAAAACCGUCAAUGAAUAUUGGAGUAGGGGCCCUGGUCAGCAGUACUACGCCACUUAGUCGCGAUGCUCCCACAAGAGCGGUGGACGGCACUGACCUCCAUCUUCCGGAUACAAUUCCCGAUCAACUGCUUCGUAUCCUUGGCUCGCCAAUUAUUUUUGUACACUAGGGCACUGAGGAAGCCUCAACGGGCAAGUUGGUCGGGUUCCUUUCUUUCGGCAAGUACGAUAUCUUUUUCUGCUCAAGAUACUCCAACGUCUUCUUGGCGAAAUGGGAAGAGGUCUUCUCCGGCCAGAAGACGUACUUCCCAUUCGCAUGAUGCUCCUUUAAGAACGGCAGAAGAAUUUUCUGAAGACACUCCUCCUGGUACACUUUUUGAUUGAUGACCAGACCGCUCGGCUUGAACCACGGCUUUGAAAUCCUGGCGAUGCACAGUAUAACUUUUUUUUUUUUUCAAAUUUCUGCUUAAACUUAUAUUCUAUUUUGGGGGGUGUGGCCGACUCGGCGCUGGAAUAGUAGCUAUUAUUUCCUGGAAUGUGGAUCUUCGAGAGCGGAAAGUAACUUUCGUCGUCCAGCACGAAAGACGUCCCGUGGUAGUUAUUCGUCAUCCACUGGCACUGCGAUUUCACGAUCGCUAUCUGCUCGCCCAUGUACUCGGGGGACCGAGUCUUCUUCCAACAGAUGUUGUCCUCCAUCUUUAGGGUUCGGAGAAUCAAGGAAUGGUAGUGGUGAUAUUUUCGGCUGGCGUCACGCAAACUCGUUCCGUCCUUGUUGUCGAAUAGUUUUUUCAACGCUUCCUUCUUCUUCAUCGUCAUUAUCUUCGCCGAACGGUCGCUAUCGGCAGGAUCCGGUAAACUGUACUCACGGGCACGUUUUCGUCUUCAAGGUGAUCUACCGUAAACUUUUUUCCUCGAUGACCGCGCGUUUCGUAAAACCAUACAACACACUCACGGAAUGCUUCGACGCCAUUUUCGAUUGAACUGACAGCACCCGAGCGAAAAGAAACCUGCCACCCAAUUCUAGGAAGUCCAGAGAGCGAUUCUCUUUACGCUCUUUACUUUAAUUACAGAAAGGUAUUGAAAUCAUUCUCAUUUUUUAUUGAACACCCUUUAGUGACGUGUGUACGGAAAACUGAUUUCAUUUUUCUCCCAAAGUGCUAGCUUUAGGGUAAGCGCAAGCCUGACAUUUUCCGUAGUAGUAUGUUUCAAUUGGAUUACCGGUAUUGGGACCAUGAAAUUUCUCUUUCAACUCUGAAAUUAAGCCUGCUAUGUUCGAAUCGGAGUUACUGUUCGAGAAUACGCAAUAAUCAUCUGACAUUUCAUAAUCAUCGAAAAAUCAUCUGAUAAAUCACUUGAUUUUUUGCUGCAAGUUUGUCUCUUCCUUCUUCCAAUUCUGUUUAUUUUCCGUCGGCCUAUUUCCGCUACGAGGCCAAAUACCGACGCCAGAGAGGUGACACUCCCACUAUCUGGAUUGAAUAUCGACCCAUCAACUCAUGGACCGGGGACCAACGGCUUCCCUUCCGAAUGAAGGCGUGAUCCUUCCGAAGGAAGGCGUGACCUCAGAUUUUUCUUACCUCUGAAAAAUCUCAACGACCUCGACUGGGAUUGAACCCAGACCAACUGGGGUGGGUGGCAAGUUUGUCUCAAAACACCAUGUGAAUGAAAAAUGAGGAGGGAAUUGCAAUAAUGACGUAUAUGUCCGUCAAAUGUACUUACAAAUAUCAAUCUCCAUCAUUUUUACUAUUUUUAUUCUGCAAACAUUGCACAACAUGUCUACUGGGUCCAAAAAGUCAAGUUUCAAUAUCGAAAAAGAAACUCUACGUAAAACUAAUCGUGUACUUCUCAAAGCAUGUAAUUCAUAAUUCGAUGCGAGCCACAACAUAGCUGCUACGCCGCACACACCCCUCUCCCCUGCCUAACCAUGUAUCUGACAUGAGCAAAUAUAAAAAUACGUUUUUCAACACACUAACCUUGAUGGUGUGCCACGAAACUACUACUUAAGGAAGCUAGGACAUUUUCCUAUACAAUCAAUCCGAGUUUUUGACGGAAUGCCAUCUGUAGCUCCUAUUUUGUGCGAAAAUAUCACCCCUCUUCACUUGGGGUUUCUUUUCUUCUUCCUCUCGUUUUCAUUGCACUUUUUCAAAUGCACUUUAUUCACACACCACUGCAAAAACACUCGCGAAACUUUAAUCGUUUAUUAACAAAACUUCGAAUUUUCUGCCAAUGUACAGAUGAGCAAAGGAAAAUGUUCUGAAACUCUCAUUUGUGCGUUUGAAUUUUCCCUUCAGAUUUCAGUUUUUCUCAAUGUAAACAAGCGAGUCGGUGCCUAGCAACGUGGUUUCCACAUAUCUUCACCUUAACACGUGAUUGUUAGUUCAGUUUUUCGAGUACAGCUGGCGGAUAAAGACGCUUUGGCCAGUUGAAGCGAAAAAAUGUUUCGCAAGGGAUGCGACAAACGGGUCAACGAAACAACUUAAACUGCACUGUGACUUUUCCAGAUAGGAACAAACGAUGUGGGAUUAAGUACAGCGUUAUUCUUUUGGUCUUGGUGCUUUUGUAAACGUUUUUUUCACAGCCUACUGCGCGGAGCAAAAUAAUCUUAUAGUAUGUGAUAGCCCUGUUAUAAUUGCAAUAUCUCGUAAAGUUUUUCGAUAUCUGUGGUAGAAUUUUUUUACAAUUUUCCUAACAUGUUCCUUAAUAUUCACAAAAAGAUUUGGUCCAUGUUGAAACCAAUAUUCUUUUUAGUAAUUGCGAAAUACAUAAGCUUAAUAAUUAAAAAAAUGAGUAUAUUUGUUGGUCAGUAAUACGAAAACACAGCUUUUAUUGUGUAAAAAAUUCCAUAUAUCGAUUAGUUUACGACUUAUCAGAAAUUGAAAAUUGUUAAAUUUUAUCAACUUGAAAACUUCAAAAACUCAUAACUUGAAAAUAAUAUUCCAGUCCACAAUAUUGAGUCUAAUUUCAUUCUAAGUACUAUUCUGUUUACUAUUAUUUUACUGGGCACCAGUUUGAAAAACUGAAAGAUUUACGCACAACACUGUUUGUCUAGUUUAGGCAGAGAAACCAGAAGCAUUCCUUUUAAUCCUAAAAAAGACAAGCUGAAAUCGUGACUUCAAGAAGCAUCGUUCCUAAGACCUAAUGGAAUUGAAAACCUCAUUGAUCAUUUUUAUUUCUGAUCGCAAGCUUAUUACAACACAAGGGUUGCCACCCGCCAGGCCUCUGGGACCCUUGUUUUUUUUUGUUCUAUUCUAUUCUAUUCGAUUCUAACCCUUACACAGCCAAUAUUGAAAAGCAUCCUGGAAAACGCUGCAGUUAUUCUGUAGUGUUUUUCUUGUCCAUAUUAAUAUUUGAACCAUGUUUUCAUAUGUCGCAAAUAUUUAAACGGCCAGGCCUACUGUUCAGAGUUGGGUAUGAAGACCUUUCAAAAUUAGACGCCAAUUAAAUUAAUAAUUUAAUAAACGAAUUGUUUUGAAUCUUAAAGGAGGACAACCGUACCGACCGUUUCAGUUUGAAGGGGAUAUAAUAAAUCGUUGGGAGUGACUUGGGCCGAACUGGUUUGAAUAGACUAAUUUUAACCCAACUAGCAAAAUGAAUUCGAAAUCGUCGAAUAAUAUUACGAACAGCACGAGUUCUAAGUAACUGCCUUGGGGAUCGCCUGAUUAAUUUCAGCACUGCAAUGCUAUGCUGUCAUCCAACUUCACUCGCAGAACACUUCUGCGAUUUCAAGCAGGAGAAGAAACACCAAGACGGGAUUACUCAUGAAAAAGUUUUCUGUGCUAAAUGCUUCUUUGGAUCAGUGACGCUCAUUUCGAAAUAUUUUGCAGGGAUAUUAAGUGACAUUUAGGAAGUUUAUUGUGAUUGACAUCCCUGGUAUACAUCCAUGCUAUGCGAAUGAGAUUAAUUCUUUUCAAAUCCUUAAACUAUUUUAGCUUACUUGGUUGAAGAAAAACCGUAACGGAGCUGUACUUCAUCUUGACUGUCUUGAUUGUAUAAUUUUCAUGAUAAGUCAUUCAUCGUCAGUUAUCCAUUGUGUACAUGUAAAGUUAUUAGAAUGAAUGAAGUAUCAACGUUUGGUGUUUGAUUUUUAGGAUAACAAAGUUUCUAUUAUGUACUGAGUAUAUCUCUUACAGAAUGUUAAUUGGUCUCCCUGUAGUAGUAAGAGAAGGGAGAAAAUUUUGUCUUGUUUCAGAAAAUAUGGGACAUUGUAAAAUCAUGUGAUCAAUAUGAUAUGAUUCCGAACAUUCACAUAAAUUAGUUGUAAUAGUAUGAAUGCGGUAAAGGUGACUUCUGCAUAAAUAAUGAUUUGACAUUAAACGAGAAAAAGUUUGUAUAAAUAAGCUACCAAUAUUUAGUUUAUAAAACCCAGUGUAACGACUAAUUUUUUUGUAGAAUAGAGUGAUUUAAACUUGAAUCCCGUGAUUGUUGAUCCGGCCAAAAUAACUGCCAGCCAUUUAUCUAGUCUAGGGAGUAAGAUAGCAUUUCAGUGAUUGUGUACCAUUUGUGAAGAAUCCACAAAAGUGUUCAAAUAAAUCAUACCGCAGGGAAUUUGAAUAACGGCAUAUUCCACCUCUUGUUUUAAAGUAGAUAUGCUCGAAAAACUGUUCCAGAAGACAUUUUUAAACGGGACCCUUGUAUGGAAAUUCUAGAGCUAUUCUAUUCCAAAUUCCAGUGAAAUGCUUCGUAAAUAGUUCACAUUAUUCAGACACUGACCGUGCUAAUAGUAGCAGUUGACUGUCAGCAUAUGUUAAUUACUGAAAAAGCAUAAAAUCAUCUGAAACUUUAAUAUAAUUUGAGGCAAUCCCAAAUAACGAUUUGAAACGAAAAACUCACAAUUUUUCACAACGUUUCUCGCUAUAUCUCAGUAACCAAGCAGAGUUUCAAAAUUCUGAAAACGCCGUUUUGUAGAGAUUAUUCUGUAAUGUGGCAUAUAUAACUCAGUUUAUCCCAAAAUGGCGAUUGUCAUAAGAUAGCACAACAGCGACGAGUUGCCAUUAAUGUUUUCAAUUUUCAUAGAUGUAUGCACACUCACACUCUAUGCUGUUAUAAGAACUUUGGCUAUUUCAAAAUCUUGAAAAAAAAUUGAAGGUGCUCACACCGAUGACGAUACAAAUUUCUUUCAUUUUCCUAUAAAAGACAACAAUAUGAUAAACAGUCCACGUGGACAUUUCCCACACCCCCACCCCUCCCCAUGGACAAGCGUGGACUUUUUCGUGAUCCCUAUCCUCCUCUAAAUUGUCCACGUUGUAUAUGGAUGGCCCCUUGUCGUAUCACCCUGGAUUUUCAAUCGUUCAAAGAUGAACGUGAAUUGAUUUACACGAAAAAAUUUACGUCUGUACUCGAGCGGCGCCACCUUCGAUCUUUUGUCGUAUCAUCGGUAUAUCCCUGAGAAAGAGCAUUGGAAGGAUAGUCCCUCGGUUCGUUGGCCCUGACACCGAAUAGACAAUCAUGUAUGCUUUUGCUCGAUUGGAUUCUGAAACCAAUCGAGUCGGAAGUGGUAGAUGCAUUUGAACAGAAUUAAACCAGAAUUGGGUCUUUAAAAGCGAAAAAAAUUUUUUUUUUAUUACAUACAUCGAUAAAGCUGAUUUUCGUGAUUGUAACAAUGUUUUUUUCCAACUCAGGAAACGUGAAAAUAAUAUUGAAAUUUAAAAUAAAGAAAUAUGUUGACAGUCUUGACACUAUCAGACACAGGUUUUGACACUAUCAUCUACAGGACACUAUCUUGACACAGGUUUUGACACUAUCAGAACCAUUUGACAUAUCGAAUUGCACGACAAAUGAUGCUCUGUCAGAAAAAAAUUAAUACAUGCUUUGCCGGUUUUCCCGCAGGGUUAUUUUUAUUUGACAUAAACACCCAGGGUUGCCACUAUUUUCCAAAGAAAAUCUGGUAGUUCAAAUAAAAAUGUCUGGAAAAAAACUUGACAGCGAGCUCAAAGUCAUCGAAAUUUGGCAUACAUUUUAGUCUUCAUAGAACAUUAAUCGAUUUUUGUUUUGGAAAAUAUGACCCAGAUUUCCAAAAAUUGUGUGUAACAAUCUCUAUAAUUUAUAAAUCUCGUAGAAUGAGAGGUUUACCUUUCUGCUAAAGGAUUAAAAAAACUAGCUGUGCCAGAAAUAUAUGUCAUAAUGGCAUUCCUUCUGCGGUUUAACGUAGAAUUCAGAAUAUCUGGAAAAAUCUGGCAAAAUUAAAAAAUCUGGAAAAAUGUCUGGCUUGAACAAAUGUCUGUUCAGUUAGGAAAAAUCUGGAAGAUUCCAGAUAAAUCUGGAACAUUGGCAACGCUGUAAACACCAUCCAAUGCAUAUAGUUUUUUUUCACUUUGGGUGUUGUCUUGAUAGGCCAGAUGUAAACAACCGCAGUUUUCCUAUGUAUGGUUGCCAAGUUUGCAUAAGAUUUAUUUUAAAAAACAAAAAAAAAAUCGUUUUUACGUAUUACAACGAAAUUUUUUUUUUAAAUAAUGUUAUAUUAUCUAUAUUGGACCUAAAAUUUAUCGAAUGGAAUGGAAAACUAUAUAUAGCUUAAUGACCCAAUUCCGAAUCAUAUUCCAGCGAGAUUUGACUGAUAUUCUGUCUACCGCUUUUAAACUAAACAGUUCGAAACGAUACUUGUUCAUUUGGAUUGUAGACCGACGCCAAUUCCUAGAGUGCCCAAUGUAACGUUUCUUUAAUGAAAACUAAUGCUGAAUGCUGUUCCAACUCGUUUUAAGCCAAUUGGGGGUGGGCGUAGCGUAGUUGGUAAAUCGAUUGCCUUGUACGCAGCGCACCUGGGUUCGAGUCCCGACCCCGCACAUAGGGUUAGAAAUUUUUCAUAAGAGAUUUUUCUAAUUCGAAGAGGCGAAUGACCUUAAGGUUAAAACCUCUAUAAUCGAAAUAAAAAAAAAAAGUUUUAAGCCAAUCAUAAUACAUUUUCUCUUUUUUACAAAUUUGGAUGGUUUCUCCGACGCUAUAAAAAAUCUUAAAAUAUUUUUGAACUUUUCUGAAUUUUUGAACGUCAUACUAUGGGCAACUAAAAAAAAUUCCAACAUUAUAUUGCUGGCCAGUACAGCGCAAAUUCAUUAGUUGGGUCACAACUGCGCCCCAACUAGCGAAUCGUAUCCGUUAAUUGGGGCAACUGAUAGCUGGCAAAAAUUACCCGAGGGAAACACUGAUUGUUUGUUUUCUUUCAAUAAAAAAAACAAACAGAAAUAUUUUACGGUUCACGAAUGUUGGCUGCUUCCAUCCAGUUUAAAGUUGAUUUUUGUGACAAAGUAUGUCAUUAGUGUUCUUUUUGCUAUUAAAUAUUUUUUUAAAAAAUUCCUUCACAUAAAACAGGAAAUGGAUACACCGCCGGAAAAAAGCCGAUAAAGUGCAAGCAUACUACGUUGCCACUAGCUAAUGUGAUUGAAUCAAGGAUUGAAUACAUCAGAGAUGACAUUCAAAAGUUAUUAAACUAACCUCUCUACGACACAAACUAAUUUAUGCUGAAUGGAACAAGCGUAACAUUUAACACAUUAUUUCACUAAAAACAAUUCGGAAUAUGAUAAAUUCCAUUGAAUUUCAAAGUAUGCUUUUUUCUAGAUCGCCACAGAAAUCAACCAAUAAAUCGAUGACUCUCAAACGUCAAUCACUUUUUGACUUUCAGUUUUGACAUGGGAGUGUCUUUUAGUUGGAGUAUGCCCCAACUAGCGAACACCCAGCUAACGAAUUUGCGCUGUACACUGACAAAAAUGUUGUAACAUUCUAUCCACUAUAAAUUUGUACGAUUUAAUCUCAAUGAAAUAUAUUUUGUAGAGGGUUAUUAAUUUUGACCCCCAAAAUUAUGAACAUUUUCAAAGAACAUUUGUCAGAACGUCUAUGUAUAGUAAGCUAUCCAGCCAAAUAGGAGGAUUUCCAUUUCCAAAUCAGGUGUUUAACAGUCUGGAAUGUUUAGUAUCUACAAAAGUGAUAAACAACUGAAAGUUCAGUGCAACGAAACGAACUGUGUUGGAUUUUCAAUUAAGCACCUCCACCCAGGAUACCAACAAACCGUUCGGAAUUUGAUUCGGAAUCCUGAAUGGAGUCAGUUUGGAUUUCAGCUCAAAUUCAACAAUCGAUUCCGAAGCCGAUUGAGCCGGAAUCGGUUGUUGAAUUUGAGUUGGCAACCAUACUGACUCCAUUCAGAAUUCCGAACCGGUUCCCGAGCUAACUUGGCAAUGACGGUCUUCUGAUGGCAGAUACAACGAAAUAAUGGCUCUUGAUUUGAAAAGUUGCUUUUUUUAGAAGACAAGUCCUGGUUAAAUGUCGGAGAUACAACUUGUCCACUCACUAUCAGUGCGUGGAUUUGAAGACAGCGUAUGAUUCAGUGCAACGAAACGAAAUGUAGUUGUACAUGUACAUGGAUUUCUGGCAUGGUUGAGUAGGCUGAUUUGUAUGUCGCAGGAUGGGUUAAACGCAAGCGUCAGAAUAGCCAAAGGGACAUCCGACUCGUUUGUGGCGUUAGAUGGAUUGAAACUUCUUGACUUCUGGACGAUAAAACGCUACAAAGCACGGCAGAAUACAAUGAGCCGGACAUGUAGCGAGACUAUGGAAGAGAAAACAGUUAAUGUUAUGAACAGCAGAAUCCCUAGAUAAAGUGCUUAAAUCUUCUUGUGACCAGUGUUGCCUAUAUUCCAGAUUUAUCUGGAGUUUUCCAAAAUUUUCGCAGCUGAACAGACAUUCGGUUAAGCUAGAUAUUUUGCCUGAUUUUUCCAGAUACUAAGAUCUGUAUACUAAGUUUUACUCCAGGUUAACAUUUCUGAAGAUCGAUUUGAUUAUCUGAUAACCUCUUCCCGAAUUAUUAAAAUUCGUUGAUAUGUUAGGAAAUAAUGUAGUAUCGAUUUGUGAUAUUCGAAAUGAUCCGUUGCCAAAGAUAUCAUUUCUUAAAAUAUAUUACUAUGCUCAAAAAUGUUGUUUUCUAGCAUUUUUCCGAGCAUCCAAUUUUAUUUACAGAACAGAAGGUCUCUAGUAAAUUGUAUUUUUUUUAAUAGAAAUAAUUUUUUAUCCAGUUCCAUCAUAUCCGAAAUGUUGUACUGAUAUCGUUCAAAGAUUAGGCCGACGCAUAAAGAUAUAUUUUGUCUAAACGGGCAUACUUCGCCGAGAGCGAUGCCAUUAGGAUAAGAAUCACCGUGUAUAUGAACGAUGACAUAAUCAAUGGAUCACCAAGCUAAUUUGGGUCAUUAAGCUGUGGUGACCUUGCUUAGGGUGUUGAUUCCUCUGCCAUUCUUUUCACAAACGUCGUCAAGUGAAUUCUAAACGGCGCAAAAUAUAUUGCUCAUCGGUCCGCACCUAACACGAUGCUCACAUACACAUAUAUGCAUGUCGUCAAACCGAAGACCGACCGAACCGAGGCUUUCCUUGUCAGUUCACGUCCCCGUAAUCUUUAUUCGCAUACAUACAAUCGCAGGUGUGAAAGGGAAUGGACGAUGGCUUCGGAGUUCCGAUAAACCAUCUCAGCGAUGCGACACGUUCAAGGUAUUGCUUGCUGCUCGCUUAAGGACUAGGAUCAGGAUAAGUUUAAUACUUUUCUCUUGUGCCCGUUCACACGUGCCGUACGUCAAACCGUUCGUUCCGUGCCGUUGAUGUUGUGUGUGAAUGUUUCCAUUUAACUGCAUGUGACUUAUCCUGACCGGAGUUAAAAAUAUUCAAAUUCAUUGAAUAAAAAUUGAUCAUAUUCAGCCGCAUUCAUUUUCAAUAUUCAGUGACGCAGCCGAAAACGUCAAACGAACAAACUGCCCAUUCAUCCGUGCAGAUUUUCAUUCGUCUCCGAUUAUUACACGAAGCGACGCUGCAGCAACGAAUCAAACGCAUCAAAGUAGACACUGGCACAAUGUAAGCGAUGAUGAUUGUUGUUUCAUAUGCUUCACCGGCAUUUGAAAACAUUUUCCUAGAUAAUUAGUGAAAUUAAUAUAUUGUACGAUAUUCAGCUGAAUGAAUAAGGAUGGAUAUUUGAAUGAAUAUUUUUUCUACUCACCGCGAGUCGCAUCAGGUUCAUUUUCAGUCGUCAAAAAAGACCUUCGAUUAUUUUUAACUCUGUUUGUAAUGAACAUAUAGGAAGUACGAGGUGACAGAAAGUGUUCACGUUAUCAGUACAAAGUUUGAAAUAUGAUCAAUAAAUGUUCCACUUAUUUAGGACUUGUGGUAUCCAACGGGGAAAAACGAUCGGAAAUGGUGAGGUAAGCUAAGCAAUCAUGUGAAAAAAAUUCCCCCCAGAGACGAGACUCGAACUCGCAACCUUUGAGACUCCGGUCCAAUGCACUAACCCUUAUGCUAUCCCUGGGUAUGGUGACAUCCCAGAAAUAACAUAUGGUUAUCCCACUGGCGACAGUGAUCGCACCCUGCCUGCAAAUGAUGUCACCAUACCCAGGGAUAGCAUAAGGGUUAGUGCAUUGGACCGGAGUCUCAAAGUUUGCGAGUUCGAGUCUCGCCUCUGGGGGGAUUUUUUUUCACAUGAUUGCUUAGCUUCAGUCACCAUUUCCGAUCGUUUUUCCCCAUUGGAUACCACCAGUCCUAAAUAAGGUAUUGGCACUUAAGUCAAAAGACCAAAAAAUUGAAUUAUUAGAAAUGUUCCACUUUGCGCAUAAAAAGACGGGUGGGGCAAUAUUUAAAAUUAACAGCCAUUAUUUGUCGAUCGCUUAACUUGUUUUAUAUAUUUUAGAACUUGCUUGCGUUGAGGUAGACAGUAGACUGGUGAGCAUUCCUUUUUAAUUUCGUUCGUAUAAAUGUUUUUUUCGGGGAAUCUCUGAAACGGAAAUUUGGUGGGAGAAACUAUUUGCAGGUGAGCGACUGGCCAAUAGAACAUUGUUAUAGGCUAAAACAUUUUUCCGAAUUUCAAUCACUAGGGCAGACAGGGGCUGGUUGACGGUGUUUUCAGCUUUCAUUUUUUACCGCUUUUAUUUUGGUAGAUCUUUUGGCAACAUCUCUGCAUUUUAGUAAAAUGUUUGAUACAUUGACAUCUAGAGACAAAAAUUCAUGUCGCGGAAAAGCCACCAACUUAUUUCACGAAAAUUCGCCACAUUCUGUAUAUUUCCAAAGAUCCUCCAAUGAUCGAUAAAACUUCAUCAUGAAAUGUGGUUAGAAAAUCCCAAUGUGGUAGUUAAAUUGGAUCUGGGCUACUUCGCACCAUCAGACAACGACAGGUACCCUCAAUGGUAACUGGUCGGCCUGGGCCGAUGCGAUAUUGACCAGGGGUACACCACAAUAGAUCAACUCAACAAAAAAUACCGCGAGCAAAGCCUAGCUAGUGCCCAAGGACAUGAUGGGAGGGUUCAAUCGAAAAUCGAACAGAACAAUCUUAAGAGUCCAAGAGAACAAGCUUAAGAGUCCAAGUUGCGAUGAAAAGGUCGCUCUUAAAGCCACAGGAACAGAUAGCCUGCCAUACGAGGUAUUUCUUUGUGAACUUCGACAGCUUAAUGUCUUUGAACAUUUCAGCCACCUUUCCUCUUCCAGUCGACGUAUAAUAUUACUGUUCAAGAAGCUUUAAAGUUUGCCUUGACGGCGAGGGUACCACACAAUCAAACUUCGUCAGCAUUUUCAUGUAUAACUUCUGUGAUCGUUCUCUGGCCAACUUGUUUUGCUUAUCGUCACUAUUUGGAACCAGGCCGUCCUUGCAAGUCGACACUCAGGGUCGAUUUUUAGCUCGAUGUAGGGUUGAUGACGACACUCCUAGCUUGCUUGUGACUCUCGAAUUCGAACUCCCAUUCUCUCGAAUGGAGAGAUUGGGGUUUCGCUUGAAACUGCUGGUCACUCUUUUCGUCAUUUUUGCGAGGCUUUUGGUUUCUCCCGAUCCAGUUUCCGAACACUUUUAUUACGUUGGUCACAAUUGAUUUGGCCAUAUUAAACAAUUUCGCCAACUAGUCGCCCGGCAGUUCGCUUUUCACGAAGACGUGAUCAUGUUUGCUCCGACGAGUCUCUUGCUUCGAUGUCAUUUUCAAAACUGAAGAGAAAACGUCAGCAAAGGAACGAUGUAAAAAAAUGCGUCGAGUUGAAGUUGACCAAUUGAUCGAUGCACAUUUUGUUCCAAUCAGCAAAGUCCGAAAUUGUAUUGCUGGGCAGUACACUGAUGAAAACGGUAUUUUGCGUUACUGUUAUCGAAUGUUUAGUGUCAAUAAAUGUAAAAAUAAGUCAAUUUUAAAUUUAGCACCUUCCACAGAGAUACGAACCAACGACGGUAAUUUGAUGGUGACUACAACCCUCGAUUUGAAAAGUUGCUUUCUAGAAGACAAUUCCUGGUUAAAUGUCAUGAACUAGUAAGCUCAGCUUGUGGAUUUCAAGACAGCGUACGAUUCACUGAAACGACACGGUGGUUAAUACUUGGACAUGACUUUCCGGCAAUACUGAAUAGGUUUAUUUGUAUGGUGCAGGAAGGGUCCAACUCAAGUGUCAGAAUAACCAAAGAGACAUUCGUCUCGUUUGUGACGUUGGAUGGAUUGAAACUUUUUAUCUUUCAAACGACCAAGACAUUAUUGGGGUUGCAUCAAAAUUUCUCUAAAAAUAACGCUUCCCGAUGCUCUGUGCGGACAUAAGGCGUGCUUGUUGAAGGAGACAAAUCAACGUGUAUUUGGUGUGUUCAAACAUGCUGAGAUCUCGAGACUGAUAAAGCAAGGCAGAAUACAAUGAGCCGGACAUGCAGCGGGAAUGCCGAAGAGCGAACAGGAUAAAGUCAUGAAAAGCAGAAAUUCUAGAUCUAGAUUAGGUGGUCGACUUCGGUGCAAAUCCCACACUCGUGGAAGCAGAGCAUGGUAAUAUUUUUUUGUUCGAAAUUCGAACAAAACCAUAGGCGGAAACCUUCUUGUGACUGAAACGAUUAUUGAAAUUUAUCAAACCGCAUACUUCCUUGAAUGUUUUUCUAACCAAUUAUUUUUAUUAUACGAAAUCGAAUAACAGUAAACGAAAACGAGGAAUAUUAGAGGUGAUGAACAUUGGAUUUUGCAAGAGAGGUAUGUCCGGGCUCCGUUCCUAAGCAGAAGACUACAUAGUUGACUAACAUUUUUCGCGGAAUUCUCAGACAGAACCAAAUUCAACUUAUUGAAGGGUCUGUCUGAUAUAGUACAGAGUCGAUUGAAUCGAAUUCAUUCAAUAGGUUUGUACAGCAGAAGAUUGUUUCACAUGACUGCAGACAAGUAACAGUGAUUGCUAUCCAUAAACCAGGACCAGCUAACCUCCGACCACAAUUCGUAUCGGCCGAUUAAUGUUCUACUUUACCACACCUAGACAAUUCGAUUAAGGCAAAAAACCGUUGUCCGAGAUACAAUUUGCAUUACGCAAAUUCAAGGGGGACGAACGAUUGUUUUACGUUACUUUCAACAGAUAUUCAACAGGCAUACGCUCUAAAGAGCAAAUGUCAUCUGUAUUCUUGGCUGAUAAGGGGGCUUUCGAUUCUUCAGUUAUUGAAGUUCCUUUGAAUAAACUUCAGCAUUAGCUUUUAACAACUAGAAACAACUAUUUGUACAAUUGAUAAUUCAUCUCGCAGACCGAUCGUUUUAAUAUAAAAAAUUGACAACAUCGACCCUAAAAGAUCGGAUGAAAAAAUAGAUGAAAGUUUAGUUCGAUGAACGAAAAUGAUAAACAGAAUAUUCGUGCUAUAUUGAAACAUUUAGUAAAAUAGCGAAAUAUUUCGUUUCAAUCACGAAAAAUACAAACAAAUAUCGUUCUUCAAGUCGCCAUGUUUUUAGUUCGUGGAGUAAACGAAAUCAACUAUUUACAAUGUACGAAAAAGCUCGGAUCCGCGGAUGAACUUAUUCGUAGCAGGUUUACGAAUAAAUUCAUUUGGCAAUAUGAUUUUUUGUGCAUAAUCAUUUCGGAGAUUCUUCGGAAAAAAUCGUUUGUAUUUCGAACGAAUCCUUGUUAAGAUUAGAAAAAUUUUCGUAUGUUUCAUCAAAUUAUUCGUUUGACUAAUGGAACCAAUUCGUUAGAGGCCCACGAAGGUAGAUUCGUGGUUUUCGCGGAAAACUGGUAAUAAAAAUGAAAAGCUUUCCAUAGAACUACGAAUGAUUAAUUGUAUAUACGUCAAAUUCGAAUAUUUUACGAAAGUUUUCUGUGCGAAACCUAUUCGCAGCAGAUUUACGAAUAUAUUCUGUCAGUGCAUCGAAAUCUAUAAAUUUCUAGCAAUUCGUUAAUACAAAAGCAACGAGUAAUUCAUCCACUCGAUCAGCUUAAUUCUGUCGGUGCAGCCAGUUUUUUCUAACACCCUUUCUUGUCCUGAUACAUGUUCCAAAUGUAUAUUCGUUGUAUGUAACUGUCCCAUCGAUUUAAACCUUCUCAAAUUGUGCUGAAUUUGGGGCAUACCCAAAUGAUGUUAUUGAAAUACGCAUCAUUGCCGUGGCGAUUUCGGGUUCCUUUGAUGGUCUGUCUGUUUGCUGUUGAUAUAGAAACCGAAAAAAUCCAUUAUUUAAUGGUUCUGUUCACUCGAACAGUCAGUGGCUGAAGGCUCACACAGAAUCAUACAAUUGAGAAAAAGGUUCCGCUGCAAUUUAAUAAAUUGAAUAUUUUUCACCCAUACAGAAUGCUCUGUCACUGACGAAGCUUGAAACCAUUAUCUUUUUGAAACCACGUGGCAGAUAAUUUUACAUGGGCCUUGAACAACCUCGUUGAAACACCGCCUGCUUCGAUGUCGAUAAAU